AACGCACCAACUGAAUUCAGUUUUCCUUCGCCAUCGUUUCUUUUGUUGACACAUCUGUCUCCUGUCCAUCUCCACCCACACGUCCAGCUAUGCCAAACCCACGUCGCUUGCAAAUGGAGAUGAAAGAUCUCCACAAGGGGGUUCCCAACGUGGAAGGCAUCACCUUUGAUGAGGCCGACAUGACACACGUCAAAGCCACGAUCCUCCCGACGGAGCCGCCCUUCAACAAGGCCAAGUUUGAGGUGGAGAUUACAUACCCGGACAAGUUCCCUUUUGAGGCGCCAAAGGUCAAGUUUGUCACGCCCAUCUAUCACCCCAAUGUCAAUGAGAAGGGCACGGAGAUUUGCCUCAACAUGAUCAAUGCAGAGCACUGGAAGCCGGCCACUCGCACACGGCAAAGUACGCUCAUCGUGUUGCCGUCAACCUCUAACUUCCUCGAGCACGCCAAGAAGCACAAGGCACGCAGAUGA